AUGGCGCGGGGCGCAUGUGGUGAGGGAUGCAGAGAUGCGGAGGAGGAUGAUAUCAACUCUACGAGAGACGGCUUCAUGCUGCACCUUCAGCUGCCGCAACUUGCUCGCUCGCUUGCUCGCAAUGGCUUCCAUGGUCUAGUCGAUCUUGACUCAAAGUCUCAGUGCAUGUGUCAAGUUGGAAGACUCUGUCAUGAAGAGAUUCUGCACAAACUGCUCGGCGUUCCUUCGGCCGGCUUCAAGGGCAUCAACUGCACAUUUCGUUUGGUUUGUACGAAACACAAGAAGAAGAAGACGGAAGGAAAGGUGAAAGAAGCGCAGGAAGGGAAGUCAACAGACGAUCAGUGCAAGGGAGUAGUGAAACGUGUUGCUAUGAGGACGUGGUUCGAUGGAAAGAGUCGAGGAAGGCAUAGCAACAAGAGGAACGAACUAGUUUGCAAAUGCUCUGAUUGUGGAUGCACCUUGUUGUGGGGAGGAAGCGACCCAGAGUUCGUGCAAGAAAGAAGGGAAAGCGCUGACUGGACUGCAGGAGACAACGAGAAGGCGGAAGCAUCCAUGCGCAUCGAUCAAGCUCGAUCUGUAAUUAACAAGGAGGGACUGAGAGCAGAAAUGAACCAAGACACUCCCUCCAAAAGAAUGCUUCCUCCCACGCUUUCCGCCCGCGCCGAAGCUGCUGUAGACUUGAGUUACGGAAUGCAUGGCAAGAAAUUCAAUUCACCAGGUGUGAUCUCGAAGAAACCAAACGACAAGGUUGGGAGGGUCAGACGCCAACAUCCAAACCCAGUAUUUCUUCACCAGCUCUUCAAGAUGGAAGAGGAGCUACACAACCAGGGAACAAGGGAAGUCUAUAUGACAUGCUGCAAAACAUUCUAG